AUGGGGCAGCAGACGUUGAUCUACAGCUUCGUGGCUCGAGGCACGGUUAUCCUCGCUGAAUACACUGAGUUCACCGGUAACUUCACGACCAUUGCCGGUCAAUGUCUCCAGAAGCUCCCCACUACCAACAACAAGUUUACCUACAAUUGCGAUGGCCACACCUUCAAUUACCUCGUUGAAAAUGGAUUCAGUAACAAUCUUUAUUGUGGUGCAGCCUACAGUGUGGUUGCAGUUGAAUCUGCUGGCAGGCAAAUUCCAAUUGCAUUUCUGGAAAGAGUUAAGGAAGACUUCAGCAGUAGAUAUGGUGGAGGGAAGGCUGCAAAUGCUACUACCAAGAGCCUGAAUAAGGAAUUUAGGUCCAAACUGAAGGAGCACAUGAAGUAUUGUAUGGAACAUCCUGAGGAAAUUAGCAAACUUGCUAAAGUGAAGGCUCAAGUUUCUGAAGUCAAGGGUGUUAUGAUGGAAAAUAUUGAGAAGGUCCUUGACCGUGGUGAGAAGAUCGAGUUGCUGGUGGAUAAAACUGAAAGCCUUCGCUCACAGGCACAAGAUUUUAGGCAGCAAGGAACAAAGAUAAAAAGGAAGAUGUGGUUAGAGAACAUGAAGAUGAAAUUGAUUGUUUUGGGCAUAGUCUUUGUCUUGGUUCUUAUCAUUGUGCUGUCAAUCUGCCCUGGCUUCAAAUGUUAAAAAUCUCUCCUACUGCUCUCACUGGGGUUGUUGUCUCCACUCUUGAUAGAUUGAUCCAUAUUCAUUCCUUCAU